UUUCUUCCAUUACCAAAACACUACUGUAGUGACAGCAGUCGAUGUUGUAGUUCAGCUUGCAAUCUAAUUGUUUUAUGCAAUGGUAAUGUAGCCGUGGUGGGUAAAAAGCUAGCUAAUGUUUGUUAUUAGCAUGCUAAACUAGACUAGCCAUUAGCUAGCUAAUGUAACUAACUAACUACAUAAUAUCUAACGCUGGUUAGCGUUACCUUGUUUACUUCAUAGCUAAUUUGACAAUGUAUAGACUCCGACUAUACGAGGCCGACGUCAGCGUCUUAUUCGCCAGCUUCUUGCUCGAAUUUUCCCGUUCGACCUUAAAUGGUGCAGCAGUUGCAUUCUCAGAAUUUAAGUGCUGCACCAUUUAAGGUGGAAGUGGAAAAGUUGAGUUGUUGACUAGCUAAAAAGAGGCUGACUUCAGCUCGCCAAACAAUGGCUACUGACCAUAUGUGCUAUAGUUUUCAAUACUUAUGGGUCACCUAAAGGAUGGAAAACGUUCAUCUUGCCGCAGAAGACGAAGAUGACUUGUAUUCGGGUUACAAUGACUACAAUCCAACAUUUGACUCAGAGGAACUGGACAAUGAUGUUGGCUUUCAGCAAGCCGUCAGGACCAGUCAUGGCAGACGACCUCCAAUGACUGCAAAGUUUCCUGGCACUGCUCUUGGUGGAAGACCCAUAGGAACCUCUUUUGGUUCACGGAUGCCCAUGGGCUCUUCAAUGGGAAGACCUACAACUGGAGCAGUACAGGUCAGAGUCUACUCCGCAUUUCUAGGCAUGGCACAGAGCAUGGAUGGGGCUGCUCGUCCUAUGACUGCAGUGCGGGCAGCAGGAUAUUCUUCUUCUUUGGCCAGAGGUUCAACAUUUGAUCCACUUGGCCAAUCAAGAGGACCAGCUCCUCCAUUAGAAGCAAAAAAUGAAGACACUCCAGAAGAGAAGAUUAAGAUCCUGGAAAAGAAGGUGAAUGAUUUGAUAGAAGAAAGUUGCUUAGCCCAAGGAAAUGGGGACCUGCAACUGGCGCUAGAAAAGGCCAAAGAAGCAGGUAGAAAAGAACGGGCAUUGGUGAGACAAAGAGAACAAACUGGUACUGCAGACCAUAUCACUUUGGAUCUGACCUAUUCAGUGCUGUUUAAUCUGGCAAACCAGUAUGCCAAUAAUGACAUGAACACAGAGGCCUUGAACACUUACCAGGUCAUUGUGAAGAACAAAAUGUUCAAUAAUGCAGGACGGUUGAAAGUGAACAUGGGUAACAUCUACUUUAAACAGAAAAACUACCCCAAGGCAAUUAAAUUUUACCGUAUGGCUUUAGACCAAAUCUCCAAUGCACACACAGAGAUGAGGAUUAAGAUCAUGCAGAACAUCGGUGUUUCUUUUAUACGAAUGGGCCAGUACUCAGACGCCAUUACCUCCUUUGAUCAUAUUAUGAGUGAGAGCCCCAACAUAAAGACAGGAUUCAACCUAAUCCUCUGCUACUAUGCCAUUGGAGACCGUGAGAGGAUGAAGAAAUCUUUCCAGAAACUGAUUUGUGUACUUCUUGGAAUUGAUGAGGAAGACAAGUACAUCUCUCCAAAUGAUGACCCUCAUACAAACCUAUUGAUAGAAGCGAUCAAGAAUGAUCAGCUGCACCAGAUGGAGCGAGAAAGGAAAGCAUUAGCUGAGAAAUACAUCAUGACCUCAGCAAAACUUAUUGCCCCAGCCAUUGAGUCCACUUUUGCAGCUGGAUUUGACUGGUGUGUAGAUAUGGUUAAAAGUUCACAGUAUGUGGAGCUGGCGAAUGAUCUAGAGAUCAACAAAGCGAUUACCUAUCUGAGACAGAAGGAAUUCAACCAGGCUGAGGCUGUGGAGACGCUAAAGACUUUUGAGAAGAAAGACAGCCGGGUGAAGAGUGCUGCUGCUACUAACCUUUCCUUCCUCUACUUUUUGGAGAAAGACUACGAUCAAGCCGACCGCUAUGCUGAUCUGGCCAUGAAUGCUGACCGCUACAACCCUGCUGCACUAAUUAACAAAGGCAACACAGUAUUUGUGAAGGAGGACUAUGAGAAAGCAGCUGAGUUCUAUAAAGAGGCUUUGCGGAAUGACUCAUCCUGCACAGAGGCUCUCUAUAACUUAGGGUUGACCUAUAAGAGGCUGGGACGGCUGGAAGAAGCCCUGGACUGCUUUCUGAAGCUCCACGCCAUACUUAGGAACAGCGCUCAAGUCAUGUAUCAGCUGGCCAACCUAUAUGAGAUGUUGGAGGAUCCUCACCAAGCUAUUGAAUGGCUCAUGCAGCUCAUCACUGUCACUCCCACUGAUCCUCAUGUCCUGGCCAAACUGGGAGAGUUGUAUGACAAUGAGGGCGAUAAGUCACAAGCCUUUCAGUACUAUUAUGAGUCUUUUAGAUAUUUUCCCUCAAACAUCGAGGUCAUUGAAUGGUUGGGAGCAUAUUAUAUUGAUACACAGUUCUGUGAAAAGGCAAUUCAGUAUUUUGAGAGAGCAACACUCAUACAGCCUAACAACGUUGUAUGGCAGCUGAUGGUAGCUAGCUGCUACAGGAGGAGUGGAAAUUAUCAGAAAGCACUUGAGACGUAUAAGGACAUUCAUCGCAAAUUCCCGGAAAAUGUAGAAUGUCUUCGAUUCCUUGUGAGAUUAUGCACAGAUAUGGGCUUAAAGGAGGUGCAGGAUUAUGCCACCAAACUGAAGAAAGUGGAAAAAAUGAAGGAGAUCAGAGAGCAGAGGGUGAAGUCAGGGAGAGAAAGCAGUGCUCGAGGUCGGAGAGAAGGCAGUGCCAGCAGUGGUGGCAGCCCAAACCCCAUACACAUGCCACCUUACAAACCCAGUGAUGUGAAUAUCAGAGCAGAUUACUCUGUCGGUAUGUUAGGAAGCAUCUUAAGCCCUAUCCAGACACCUCCAAAGAAGCCAAAUGUCUCGCACUCAGAGACGAACCACAGCCCUGCACUGGAGCGGGCUAGAGACAGUGGACAGAGCAGUCAUGGUACCAGUGCCAAGGGUGAGCGGCUGAGUGUGAAGCUGAGGUCACUUCCAGGAUCCAAUGAACCAUAUGAAGCAAGCUCCCAAAGAGAUUUAGAUGCUUCUUAUGUUGAUCCCUUGGGACCGCAGAUGGAGAGGCCAAAGACUGCGGCGAAGAAGCGCACAGAGGAAGAUGAGUUUGCAGAUGAAGAGCUGGGGGAUGACUUACUGCCAGAGUGAUUGCUUAUUUUUCCUCUAUUCUCUCAACAUUCCAUGCACUUUUUUUCUGUGGUAAAUCUGUAAGUGUAAUAUAAGUAGCUCUUAUGAGACCAGAAUCUUACAGGGAGCAUUUGUGCUUCCAGCUCACCUGAACACACUGUUGACUAAUACAGAUUCCAUAUGUAGCUCUGGGGUAUUUUAUCCAUAUUACUUCACAUGGAAAUGUUUUUUCCAUGUGAACAUAUGUAACACCCACAAAUGUAUUGCCGAUUUGAAAAACUACAAAAACAACAUGCAAUAUACUUUUUAAUAUUUAAACACACCACACACACACACACACACACACUAGUGUACUAUAUACUGUAAUAUACCAUUGUAUUUUCAAUAAAAU